AUGACGUAUGUCAACAGGAGCAGCACCGCUGCUAGCAGCUGGAUCCAUGAGCUGGAUUGGUGAUAAGCGACUGCAAAAUAGUUUUUUUUUUCUUAAACAAUGUGAACAUGCUUUUUUGGACAACUACAAAAGUGGUUGGAGACCUGGCUUUACCUGGGCCAGGUGUACAGGGCCUCUCCGCAAUGUCCUCCAACACAUCGGCGCCCGCCAGUCCCAUGCCAGGUGCGGACAACAGAGGGUGUGAAAACGGUGCGCUAAUGGACUCUUUGGGGAUUUUCCUGCAAGGGCUUUUAGCCGUCCUGGCCUUCAGCAUAUUGAUGUUGAAACGCUUCAGGGAGCCCAAGCAUGAACGAAGGCCCUGGAGGAUCUGGUUCCUGGACACCUCUAAACAGGCCAUCGGGAUGCUGUUCAUUCACUUCGCCAACGUUUACCUGUCGGACCUCACCGAGGAGGAUCCCUGCUCUCUAUAUCUCAUCAACUUCCUUCUGGAUGCGUCGUUGGGGAUGCUGCUGAUCUACGCCGGGGUGAGGGCCGUCAGUGCUGUGGUGGAGUGGAGGCAGUGGGACUCUCUGCGCUUUGGAGAAUACGGAGAGCCGGUGCAGUGUUCUGCCUGGGUGGGUCAGUGUGCUCUCUACAUCCUCAUCAUGAUGUUUGAGAAGGUCGUCAUCAUGCUGGUCCUUCUCAUCCCCCAGUGGAAGAAGUUGUCCCUCCUCAACCCAAUAGAUAAUCCUGACCUCGAGUUAGCCAUCGUCAUGCUCAUUGUUCCGUUCUUCAUCAACGCCCUCAUGUUCUGGGUGGUGGAUAACUUCCUCAUGAAGAAGCACAGGACAAAAGCCAAGCUAGAGGAGCGAGAUGAGGACCUCCGGGGGAGCAGCAAGGUGCGGUACCGGCGGGCCCUGUCCCACGACGACUCGGAGUCCGAGAUCCUCUUCUCAGCCGACGACGAGAUGGACGACUCGGACGAGGACGACGUGCGGCGUCUGAGCGGCCUGAAGACGGUGAAGAAGAAGAAGCAUCGCAUGGGGAUCCCUGUUUGACUCGCCAGCCUGAGCCUCACCCAGACUGGCCUGGUACUCGCUCACCACACGCCUCACACCACCACCACGAUUCCUGCUUGUAGCUGCCUGGCCGGGGGGAAGCCUUUGGGUUGGGGGAGGGUUCCCGGCCCCCAAGGUAGCGUACUUGCAGGUCCUGUGAGCAAACGGAACCGGUGGAAUACUGCUUCCCCUGGCACACUACAGCACUCCUGCACAAACAGUCUUAACUCGGAUGCAAGACUUUGGCAAACAUUUGCGGUACAAUGGAUGCGUGGUGUGUUUUUAUUUAGUCUGCCCCUCAUUGGCUGUGUCUUUAUCGGUUUACUGUUGGUUUGUUCCUGAAUGCCAACUUGUAAUAUCAUUGUUUUGUUUUAACACUGGUGUAUUGUCAAGACAUAGGAAAGAGAAUUGUGUGUGUGUGUGUGUGUGCGUGUGUGUGUGUCCAUUAUUCAUUAUGUGACAUUCAAUAUUUUUAAACGGUCGCCCUAGUGAUUGUAUAAAUUAAUUAUUAUAUUAACUGUUUCCUGUAAAUGGAACACCACCACAGCUGGUGUUGUGUGUGUUUAUAUUUGUGUGUGCAUGUGUUUGUGUGUGCAUGCGAGUGUGUGAAAGUGGACCAACAGGGAAACCAUAUUGUACGUAUUUAAGCAUAACCUCCGAAUGUUAGGUCAUAUAUACAUGGCCCUAACCUUUUCAAACAAUACUAAAUCUACAGCUUAUGGUGUGUAUGUAUUGUGUUGAUGUAUGCAACACCUAUCUCUACUCUUUGUAUAGCUAGGCCAUUAAUUCAAAAUAACACUUGAUCUUUAAAUGUUGCCCAUUUAUCGCAGUGGUUGAUUUUGUUGUUCAAGCAAGAAGGCUGAACAAUUUUGUGUCAUCCUAAAGGUACACUCUUUCAUUCCUCUCUCUGGCUCUUCACGGUUUACCAGACAGUAAGGUUUAUGUCUCCAUCUUUGAUUCUUUGCUCGUAUUGGGGUUGUUUUUGGUAUAAUUUGUGCCCAGAAGGCGACCUUGCCUCUUGCAGCAAGUGUUCUUUGUCGUUGUUGUCCCGGUGUAGGAUUAUAUGGGACCCACUGCACACCUUCCCAUUCGUUAUGUUCAAUGUUUUAGUUUUUCCUCAUGUUUCCUUGUUAGUUUUCACCCCAUUUGCUCUUUGAUCCGACCACGUGCCUCCGUGAGCUCACUGUGUGCGUGUGUUUGACCAGGCGAUGGAUCAGAGGCCCUGGCCCGGUAUGCAGCAAGUCCACAGGUGCUCACGUUCACAAUGUUACAGAAGCACACACUUAAAAAUGGUUGGGUUGCUAGGGAUCAGCCUUUAAACAAAAGUUCAGUGCGUGGGCGCGUGUAUGCAGGUUUGUGUGUAGGCAUGUGUAAGCGUGUUUGUGUGUAGGUGUGUGUAUGCGUGUUUGUGUGUGGGCGCGUGUAUCCGUGUUUGUGUGUAGGCGUGUGUAAGCGCGUUUGUGUGUAGGCGUGUGUAAGCGUGUUUGUGUGUAGGCGUGUGUGUGUUUGCCUCCUUUGUAUACAAGUGUUAUGCAAAAGUGUUACGAGCUAGUGGCUGGUCCUUCCAAAAAGAAAAAAAGGGUGACAAACGGCAACUGUGAUGACUAAUGAUGUAGUGAUGUCAUUAUGAUGCUGUUGGGCGUUUGAAUGAAUGCACUUUUAAUGGUAAAACAUCGACAUGGUCCACCAUUACCAUGAGCUCAAGUAGGUCAAAGAGGGCUUUUGUAUUUUGUGAAAUACAAAUGCUACACUGUAAAAUGUACUGACAAAUAAGACUCUGAUCAUCAUUAUAUAUGCUUUUCCAAUAAAUAAUCUGAAACCUGA